CCCCAAGUUUCUUGAUAUUAAAAUUUGAUGGCGUCUUGCACAUGAGCAUAAUUUUCAGCUGUUGAUAACUGAGAAAAAUAUCAUUCAAUUUUCCAAUGAACUCAGUUAUUCAUUAAUUUCCAACAGGCUCUGAUGCAAUUCUAAACAAACCGAAAUUUGGGAAUAAUUUGAUAAAUACCUUAAAAUUUAUGGCAACGUAGAAAAUUCCUUUUUUUGUAGUGACGUCAUUAGUGGUUAUUUCGAUAUUUCUUCUACUCCAAAUUGCGGCGUAAUUAUUAUUUAUAAAAAAUGGCUGCAAAUAAUUAUUUUGGAUUCACUACUGGACAGGCACAAUAUGGAACUGCUACACCAACAGCAGCAAAUUAUACCACCAACCAAGCAGCGACUGCUGGCUACACUGUGCAGCAUUCAGCUCAACCCUAUGCAGCUGCUGCUACUGCUCAGCGCUCCAGUCAGUCUGCAUAUGAAAGUUACCAACAACCAACACAUGCGGCUACUAAUUAUCAGUAUGCUUCUAGACAACAGACGACUUAUGACAAAGCUCAAACUUAUUAUCAAGCACAGGUACCUUACUCCACUACUGAGACACCUCAUUAUCAAAACGUGAGUAGUAAUAAACCAGUAUAUUCUACAACUAAUGUUAAUUAUAACACUCGUCAAGCAACAACAGCAAAAGCACAAACCCAAAGUGCUCAAGCUUCUGCUACAACUUAUCUGUAUUCCACAGGAGCAUCUACUGGAAAUAAUACAUCUAAUUAUAGUUCUACCUAUAACAGUUCACCAGUUACUACGACCUAUUCUGCUUCUCCAAUGUAUGUUCAGCAAUCUUCAGUAGCUGUGCAACCUGUACAAACUGUUCAAACCAGUAUUGUUCAACCUACUCAGCAAGCUCAAGCUAUUCAAUCUUCUGCUGCAAGUGCUGUGGCAACAACAAAGCCUCAGGCUAACAAUUGGAUGUCAUUUAAAAAGGGACCCUUAAGAAUGGCACGUCCUAAGUUGCCACCUAAACCCCAACAGCUUCACUACUGUGAAGUUUGUAAAAUUAGUUGUGCUGGACCUCAGACAUACCAAGAGCAUCUUGAAGGUCAAAAGCAUAAGAAAAAAGAAGCUGCUGCAAAAGCAGGUACUGUCGUUCACCAUGUUUCAAGGGGUGGUUCAACUUUAAAAUGUGAGCUCUGUGAUGUUACUUGUACUGGGUCAGAUGCUUAUGCUGCCCAUAUUAGAGGAGCCAAACAUCAAAAGGUUGUUAAAUUACAUACCAAACUUGGUAAACCUAUUCCUUCAACUGAACCUCAAGUUUUAAGUACAGGUACAAGUAAUACUUCUACAAAAGCUUCAAGCACUGGAAAGUCUUCUGGUAAAAAUAACUCUGCUAAGAAAUCAAAUGGCCCUCCUAAAAUUACAUUUGUAGCUGCUUCGAAAACUGAUGAUAGUUCUGAUGCAAAAGAAGAUGCUAAAGAUGAUGAUGGUGACAAAGAUGAUGAAGUUCAGCCAGUUGGCCAAGACUAUAUUGAUGAAAUUAAAAAUGAAGAAGGAAAAGUAGUUAGUUUCCAAUGUAAAUUGUGUGAAUGCAAAUUCAAUGAUCCUAAUGCAAAGGAAAUGCACAUGAAAGGGCGCCGACAUAGAUUACAAUAUAAGAAAAAAGUUAAUCCGGAUCUCGUUGUUGACAUUAAACCAAGUUUACGUCAUCGAAAGAUCCAAGAAGAAAGGUUACGACGUCAGCAGAUGAUGGAUGAUUUUUGGAAGAGGAGAGAAGAAGAAAGAUGGAGGGAAGAAAUGAGAAUUGUUGAAGAAGAAGAAAGAAUGUAUUGGGAAGAAAGAAGGCGGUAUGAGGAAGAAUUAGAAAUCUAUGAAUGGCAUCGUCGCUAUAAUAGAGAACCUAGAAUGGGACCGCCCAUGCCUCCUCCACCACCUCCAAGAUCUUUUAUGUUGGGGAUGCCACCUAAUGUUAUGGGACCUCCUAAUCUAAGACGACCAGAUUCAGUAGAUGACCGCCAUGUUAUUGCUAAACAUACUCAAAUAUAUCCAAAAGAAGAAGAAUUGAAUGGCAUACAAAAGAUUAUCACCAAUUCAGAAAAAGCUCUUAAGCUCGUAUCUGAUUACUUGGCAGAAAAAACUGAUAAGAAAGAACCUCAAAAGACAACAACUACUGAUGUUGUAAUUAAAGAAGAAAAGACUGAUGAUAAUAAAGAAAUCAAAGAAAAAGAAGCUCCACAGCCAUAUAGAGUAUUAAAAGGAGUGAUGCGUGUUGGUGUACUUGCUAAAGGUUUAGUUCUUACCGGUGAUCUCAGUGUUCAGUUAGUAGUGAUGUGUGCUGAGAAACCUUCCCGAUCUCUUUUAGAUAGAGUUAUUGAAAAUUUGCCCAAACAACUCUCUACUAUAGCUCCUGAUGAAAAAUAUGAAGUUAAGAGAUGUAUUGAAGAAGCUGCAAUCAUUGUCAGCACGGUCUCUGAACCAAAAAUUACAGUCACUGUCACUUUGACUUCUCCUGUGAUGCGUGAACCAAAUACUGAGCCUGCUGCUGGAGAGACUGUUGUUAAAGACCCGCCGGAUGUUCUGGACAGGCAGAAAUGCCUGGACGCCUUGGCCGCCUUGAGACAUGCCAAGUGGUUCCAGGCUAGAGCAAGUGGACUUCAAUCAUGUGUCAUGAUAAUUCGUAUUCUAAGAGAUUUGUGUCAGCGUGUCCCUACAUGGAGUCGUUUAAAUGGCUGGGCUAUGGAACUUCUUGUUGAAAAAGUUUUAAGUAGUAGUGGACAACCUCUUAGCCCUGGUGAUGCUCUUCGACGAGUUUUUGAAGCUAUUGCCUCUGGUGUACUUUUACCUGGUUCUUCGGGUCUAUUAGAUCCAUGUGAAAAAGAUCCCACUGAUGCUGCUGGCAACCUUACUAGCCAAGAAAGAGAAGAUAUAACUGCCAGUGCUCAGCAUGCUCUGAGGCUUAUUGCUUUCCGCCAAAUUCAUAAAGUUCUUGGAAUGGAUGCUUUGCCUCCUCCAAAAUUCACUAGAGGACCCUUCCCUCGUAAACGAAGGCGUGAUAAUAGCACAAGUGAAGGAAAUGAUUCUGAAGGAGCUAAUGGACAAAAGAAAGAUAAAAAAGAUGAUAGUAAAUCUGAUAGAAUGGAAACUACAGAUUCAAAGGCAUGAGGAGGCUAAACUUUUAAAAAAGAAAAAAACUGUGCAUUUUAUUUUAUAGUGCUGUUGUUAAAUUCACUUGACAUGGUGUUUCAACUGCACCUGAUUAUUUUGCAACUUGCAUUAUUUAAAGUGUAGAUUUCUUUUGUUUUCUUUCCAUUUUUCAUCACUUACUACAUGUAUUUCCACAGGGUGUAUCUUGUACAAGGCAUGUAAUGGUUCAAAAUUCAGUCAUUUGAAGUUGUGAUUUCUUUUCACGUUAAAUUAAAAAGCAUUAGCAUCCUUAGACUUAUUAAAUGUUAAAACUUCAUUGAUAUGUGAAUACUCUUUUGUGAGGGAAACAAAAGAUGUUCUUAAGGAAGGGUUUAAUGUUAUAUUCUUUAGAAAAUAACCUUUGUCAUUGAAACUUGUAUUUGCUAUCUUAAUACAUCUGAAAUUGCAGUAAAAUGUAUAUAAUUGUGAACAA